CCGCCCGGCCCUGAUUUCCACCGCGGCGGAAGCGCUGGAGCCCCGGGAGAGAUGGAAACGGCGGCGCCGGCGGCGGCGAUGGCGGGAGAAGAGCUAGAUAUGGACGUGAUGAAACCUCUAAUCGAAGAGCAAAACUCUGAUGGUGCUUCAGAUGAAGAGCAGGAACACGAGCUGCUGCCGGUCCAGAAGCAUUACCAACUUGGUGGCCAAGAAGGCAUUUCAUUUGUCCAAACCCUCACCCAUCUCCUCAAAGGAAAUAUCGGGACUGGUCUCCUUGGGCUGCCGCUGGCAAUAAAAAACGCUGGGAUUGUGCUUGGACCAAUCAGUCUUGUGUUUAUAGGGAUUAUAUCGGUUCACUGUAUGCACAUCUUGGUACGUUGCAGUCACUUUCUAUGUCAGAGGUUGAAGAAGCCAACAUUGGGCUACAGUGACACUGUUAGUUUUGCUAUGGAAGUAGGCCCUUGGAGUUGUCUCCAGAAACAGGCCUCAUGGGGAAGGUAUAUCGUUGACUUUUUUCUGGUGAUAACCCAGCUGGGAUUUUGUAGCGUUUAUAUUGUGUUCCUAGCUGAGAAUGUGAAGCAGAUUCAUGAAGGAUUUUUGGAAAGUCGGGUCUUUUUCCUGAACGGUACCAAUGAAGCCGGUGCAUAUGAAAGAAGAAGCGUGGACCUGAGAAUAUACAUGCUCUGCUUUCUUCCAUUUAUGGUUCUUCUGGUCUUCAUUCGUGAUCUGAAGAAUCUGUCUAUGCUCUCGCUCCUUGCCAAUGUUUCCAUGGCCAUCAGCCUUGUAAUCAUUUACCAGUAUAUUGUUAGAGACAUGACAGAUCCCCGAAGCCUUCCAGCAGUUGCUGGUUGGAAGAAAUACCCACUUUUUUUUGGAACCGCCAUAUUUGCUUUUGAAGGGAUAGGAGUGGUUCUGCCCCUGGAAAAUCAAAUGAAAGAAACAAAACGCUUCCCACAAGCAUUGAAUAUUGGCAUGGGGAUUGUGACAACUCUGUAUAUAACACUAGCCACUUUAGGAUAUAUGCGCUUUCAUGAAGAAAUCAAAGGCAGCAUAACUUUAAAUCUGCCUCAAGAUAAAUGGUUGUAUCAAUCAGUUAAAAUUCUGUAUUCCUUUGGGAUUUUUGUGACCUAUUCAAUUCAGUUCUACGUUCCAGCAGAAAUCAUAAUUCCAGCUGUCACAUUCAAAUUCCAGAAGAAAUGGAGGCUAAUCUGUGAAUUUGUGGUGAGGUCAUUCUUAGUCGCCAUUACUUGUGCUGUAGCAAUUCUGAUUCCUCGCUUAGACCUGGUGAUUUCUUUUGUUGGAGCUGUAAGCAGCAGCACCCUGGCCCUGAUCCUACCACCGUUGGUUGAAAUUCUCACAUUUUAUAAGGAAAAUUUAUGUUCGUGGAUCAUCUUCAAAGAUAUCUCUAUAGCAGUCAUUGGAGUUGUUGGCUUUUUAACAGGGACAUAUGUAACUGUUGAAGAGAUUAUUUAUCCUCCCCCCACAUCCCUAAUUAAUACUACACAGAGUCCAUUUUUAGCUUUGAAUACAUCACAUUUGACAUUUGGUGAUAAGUAAAUGGUGGAGCUGCUGACUCAGUUCUGAACAUUGUUAACAUAAGAUCAGAACCAGGAGCACAUGCUGCUCCCCACUUUAAAAGACUUUUUUUCCUUUUUUGUCAUAUUAAUUUAUUGUAGGGGCGAUAUUUCCCUGUGUUUCAGUUGGAACCUAGCACUUAUUUCAAUGCCUUUCCCGUGGCGAACGCUCAACUUUCAGUUUCAGCACUUACUGAGAAGAAAACCCGAAGGAUAGGACAUUUGAUGUGCUUUCUAAAUUCCUCUGCCGUGCUUUAUUCUCAGCUCCAAACCCUUCAAAACAAAGUCUUGUGUCCCUCAUCUCUUAGGUUAGGCUACUAUCCUACUUUGCUAGUCAGUGAACAGGAACAAUUAAAGCUAGUAAAAUGGCUCACCAGCCAUUUCAGUGACUAUUAAAUUGUUGAGGGUGUCGUGUUGUUAUUAGAAAGAGUUAAGUUUUUAACCCAAUUUUUUACCAUUAGUGACUGGAGAGUUAGCUACUUAGCUAUCUUUCCAUUUGGGCACAAGAGGACACUCACUAGUCACGUCCUCCUGGACACAGAGGGAAGAUAAGCAGUAAUAUGGACCUUCUUCAUUCUUCCCAGGACCCACCAGCCAGGGCUAGGCCUGUCUAGCAGGGAGAUUCUCAGCGUUUGGCAGCACAAACUGCUGAGACCGUGAACAGAAUACUCGCUCGAAGGGAAGUGUGAGCUUACCCUCUUACAGCUCCCAGCAGCUGAGCAGACGGACGGCAGCUCCACCUUUCCCUAAAUCAUGCCUCCCUUUUGAGCCGAGUGUCUUACCUGUUCAGGAAGUACAGUGCUCCUUAAGAAGUUUUGGGAAAAAAACAACCCUCCCUACCCAGUGUCAUCAUCAGUAGUGUUUUACUGAGUUCCUGUCGUGGGCCCGAGCACUGUCCUAAGUGCUUGGGAGAGCUAAGUAGAGUAGAUCCCAGACCUCAAAGAUUUUAAAAUCUGACAGUCCUCGCAUGAAAAUCGGGUUAGGGAUUGGAAGGGCUGAUUUGUGCGAUACAAAAUGUUAGGAUUUCCUGAAUUUCAAGACUUUUUCAAAACCGAGAUACUUUUGGCUCACUCGUUGCCAUUGAGUAGAACAGGUAGAACAAAAGUAUUUCUAAGGAGCAUUUCCUCAAAGAAGUCACUUUAAGGAAACUAUAUGAAAUGACAUGACUUUAGACUAAAAUUCCCAGAGCAUUUUAGGCUUCAUCCAAAAAAUUCCUCCCCCUUCACUUUGGCAAGGAAUUUUCAGUUUACAAAAGGGAAGGAAAGAUCCUCAAAAUUCUUAAAGGAAACACAUAGACAAAGUUUAAUCUUUCUAAACAUCAUAGCGUUGCCCUCAGUUUGAAAGGCUCAAAGCUAGAAUUGUUUGCACUUUAUGUCAGAUUGAUUACCCUCUGAAUAUUUGGGGGAAUUUGGCAAAGCAGUCAUCAAAAUCACAAGCUUUGUAUAUAGUUUUUCUUGACAUUUAUAGAAUCUUAACUGUAGGGCCACUUACAUGAUUAGUGGAAUUUUCAAGUAUACACACGUAUUGAAUGUUGUUUUUGUACUUAUUCAUAGGAGAUAGACUUGUCAUUUAUAUUUAUAUUGACAUUACUAUACAAUACUUAGUUUGCUAUGCCUUUUUUGAUAUCAACCCCAUUUUGUUAGAUAUUUCAGUUGUUAAAAGGGAGUCCAAGAGGAUGUAGGAAAACAAUAUCAUUUUAAAGAUACUGAGUUAUAGUAAUUUAUUUUUUGCCAAGAAACUUUCGUAAAGAAUAACUACUGUAAUUUUUAGAAUUUUUUAUUUAAAAAUAUUUAUUGAAUGUCAUAAUUAACCGGAAAACCACUACUAUCCACUUACUUUAAUGUGAGGCAGUGUCACCUAAUUUACCUACCUUCAGGAAAUACUUCAAACCCAUUUUUUAUUGCCAAUCGUAAUCGUUUGUUUAAUAAUUUUUCUGAUGAGGUUCAUUAUACUGUCAAGCAAAUGAUACUUAUUCUGCACUUACUAUGUGCAGAGCACCAUCCUAAGCACGUGAGAGAGUACAAUACAACAGAAUUGGCAGACAUGUUCCCUGCCCCCAACAAGCUUGCAGUGUAGGGGUAAGUAUAAAAUGUAAACCCUGGGCCAUUUUAAAACAACUGCUAUGGCGAUUCACUUUUCCAGUUGAGUAUGGGCCACAAUUAAAUGGCUGCAGCACUUAUCAAGCGCCGUCAAGUCGUUUCCAAUUCAUAGCAACUCUAUGGAUAUAUUUUCUCCAGAACAUCCCGUCUUCUGCCAUAAUCCGCAACCUUGCUAUCAGUUAUCGGGCUGCAGCACAACAAGUGGUUUUUGGCAGCCAGGAUUAUUAUUGAAGAGGAAUUUACUAAUGAUGAGAAUUCCCCACUGGCCAAGAACACUUAAAAGGUUUAAAUGAUGUUCCCUGGCCAGCAUGUAGUGACCCACCAAGCAUCAAAGUGCCUGAGUUGAUACUGUAAAUAAUUAGCAUGAACCUAAUCCUUAAAUAAUUGAAUAAUUUGUGUAUUUAAACUAGGGUAAGUGCUCAAAUUAAAUGAUCUGCCAAAUAUUUUCAGUGAUCUUAUCAUUCCCUUGGUUAAUCACUUAUAAGAGCCAAUGCAUGCAAACCCCAGAGAAACCGGGUGAACUCAGUAUAAUCAAAAACCGUAAAGUACAUUCAUAACUUACCUUGAAGAAGCAAAGUGGAAAACUUUUCAUUCCAAAGUGGUAGAGGUACAGGAAGCCUGUAGUCCCAUUUUCUCUUCAGGCAGUCACCUCUCUUGAUACACCCUUUUUUCCGUACUCAGUAAAUUACCAUCGAUCAGGCUGUGAGAUUGGCUCAGAUUAACUAAAUCGUUUUACAUGUACUUUCAAUGGCUUCCCUAGGGCUUCUGCUUGCUCUUGGCCUUUGGCUAUCAAUUGGAAUACAGAAUUGUACACAACCUUCCCAGGGACAACAAGCAUAUCAGUGCUGAAUGAACACCCUGCUCCUAGAGUCAUUACCCAGUACUAAUACUGAAAAUAAAUUAAAAAGUAGCCAUGGAGAGGGAUUAAAGAGUAAGAAAGAAAUCACAGCCUCUCAGAAAGGCGUUUUUCCUCUUUUAUUUAAGAAUUGUAAGGUACCAAGGUACAGGCUUUUGUUGAUAAAAUGGAAUUUUACAAAAGAAGUCACACGGCAGGAAUGUGAAAACUCUUUUUCUGGGAAAAUUGUAUUCCAUUGGUUCACAGAGAUUCUCUAGAUGGAUAAUUCAAUAGGACUGGUAGAAACCUAGGGUAGUGCUUUCUUUGGCUUCUCUUGCCCAGCUGUUGCUUUGGAUGGAUUGCGGGGAGAACCAGUGUGUUCAUAACCAUCCAAUCCAUUCGCAUUUGUUGUUUUCUGACCACCAUGUAAUGGCUGAAGUAACUUCUGUAUUCCUUCAUGUUGAAGGAUUUGGAUGGGACCAUUUGUGGGAGGGCCCACAAGCUGUCGGGGAACCUUCUCCUUGGUCAGUUGCUGAGGUUUAAUCUACAAUGUCUCAUCCCCCUUGAGAAUUCUGGGUCAUUUUCCAGUGACCCAGCACAUACCAGAAGCUUUCAUAUAUUUCCUGGAACAAAACCCUUUAAUUUAAAAGGUUUGUAAUGUGCUGCUUACUAACCUGCUCAAAGGCCUUAUUAUUAUAACAGUUCAGAUAUUACCUCUUUUUCUUUGUUGUGUUUUAUCUCUUUGUGAAGGACACUCAACCCAACCAAGUUAAUGUCAGGGUGCAUAAUAAGGAAAUUUGGUCUGCAUUCAGAGAGUAAUGGCAUAAAUAAAAAUAGGAAAUCAUAAAAUUCAGGUGAAACAGUAUAGGAGAAAAAUCACAUCCAAUAAAUGAUGGGCAGUUUUAAUCAAGUCCCUUUCAUCCAUAAGAGAAUUGAUAGUCAAAUACUAUUUUUUAGUUCCCUUGAACACGUUCAUUCUCUAAGCUACGGGAGUGUGCAUGGAUUUAUAUUUUAUUUGGAAACAGGCUUUUUGUGUAUGAAUCAUGUUAAAAUGAUGUCACUGGAGUUUUGUUAUAAUAAGAAAUGGGAAAUAUAGUUGUAUCAGCUUAAGGGGGUGUUCUCAAAACUGUAGCUAUGUUAUACUGAGCCCAGUUCUCUCAGCGCUUACUGUUACUUCAUGGAAGCAUGUUGGGCAGUUUAGGAGAACAUCUUAGGGGGCGGUUUUUUCAGAAUUGAAAUAGUAAGGUCCAUGACAGGGAAGUUAUUUGCAAAUGAGGCAUUUGAUUGGAUUACAGAUGUGCCCGGGUGCCCUUAUCAGAAAUAGGUUUUAGCUCUAAUUGGCUUCUAACUGGCUUUUUGGAACCCACUGAAUAAGUCCCCAAAUGGUCCAAAAGAGGUUAUGAUCAUCCCAAAAUGCCUCACUACCAGGGAGUUACUUAGGUCCUGGGAGACUUGGGCUCGUAUUUUACAGAAUCAUAUCGUUCAUCUGUUUUAAUAAUAGACCUUGUCAUUACGGUAAAAACGGAGGCCCUUCUUUUGCAUAAAUGUUUUGACCACCAGUUGUUUUGUGUGUGUGAGUGAGAGAGAGAGAGAAAGAGAAAGUGUAUUACUAGUGUUCUGUAACGUCAAUUUUCUGAAUUUCAAUAAAUAUUACAUCAUUA